GGGUGUCCACAGUCCCAGAAAGGAAAGAUUAGACACCACUGUCCGUCAGAAUGCUGCACUGUUUCAUGACCAAGAAGACAAGCAAUAAUCUGAGGCACUGACAGUUGGUCAGCUCAAGCUGGACAAUUUUGCGUGUCACCUGGGAAGCCAUGUUUUACUAUUAGCAAAUGAUUUUUGGAGGAGCUUCUGCUCUGUGACAGGAGAAAUUCAGGGCGGAUUCUUCAGGGUGCAUCACCAACAACAAAGAGCAAAUCCCCGAGACACUAUCAGGAAUGUCUUCCUUAAGUGGGAAAGUACAAACCGUCCUGGGCCUUGUAGAACCCAGCCAACUGGGCCGCACCCUGACCCAUGAGCAUCUGACAAUGACCUUUGACAACUUUUACUGCCCACCUCCUCCAUGCCACGAAGCUACCUCCAAGGAACCUAUCAUGAUGAAAAAUUUAUUUUGGAUUCAGAAGAAUCCCUAUUCCCAUCGAGAGAACCUUCAGUUGAAUCAGGAGGUAGAAGCCAUAAGAGAAGAACUGUUGUAUUUCAAGGCUAAGGGUGGAGGAGCCUUGGUGGAGAACACGACCACUGGGCUCAGCAGGGAUGUGCAUACACUGAAGAGGCUGGCCGAGCAGACUGGAGUCCAUAUCAUAGCUGGAGCUGGGUUUUAUGUGGAUGCAACUCACUCUGCAGAGACCAGAGCCAUGUCAGUGGAGCAGCUUACAGAAGUCCUUAUUAAUGAAAUUCUCCAUGGAGCUGAUGGCACCAGUAUCAAGUGUGGAGUUAUUGGAGAAAUCGGCUGCUCCUGGCCUUUGACUGACAGUGAGAAAAGGGUACUUCAGGCUACAGCUCACGCCCAGGCUCAGCUUGGCUGUCCUGUCAUCAUCCAUCCUGGACGGAACCCAGGUGCACCAUUCCAGAUCAUCCGUAUACUGCAAGAAGCAGGGGCAGACAUCUCCAAAACAGUCAUGUCCCACCUUGACAGGUCUAUAUUUGAUAAGAAGGAGUUGCUGGAGUUUGCUCAACUUGGCUGCUACUUGGAAUAUGAUCUCUUUGGUACGGAGCUCCUUAAUUACCAGUUAAGCCCAGAUAUUGAUAUGCCUGAUGAUAACAAAAGAAUUAGAAGGGUCCAUUUUUUAGUGGAUGAGGGCUAUGAAGAUCGGAUCCUCAUGGCACAUGACAUACACACAAAGCAUCGAUUGAUGAAGUACGGAGGUCACGGCUACUCGCACAUCCUCACCAACAUCGUUCCUAAGAUGCUCCUUAGAGGUCUGACCGAGAGAGUACUUGAUAAGAUACUCAUAGAAAACCCUAAACAAUGGCUGACUUUUAAAUAGGAUGGCUGGAAAUGAACCCACCCCUGGAGGAUAAAAUUAGCAGAGAAAAAAAUAGUCGGUGAUUUCAAAUCUACUGGAGACAUUAAUCCAAUCUACAUAGAACGGGUAACUGGUCACUUCCCUCCUAUGAGAAACUGAAUAACUACCACAGGAAAAUCUCUGGUGGGGAGUACUGGGCUCAAGUGAGUCUCAUUGUCUUUCCUUAAUAAAAUAAAUAUAGAAGAGCAUGUUUCCAAACAACAGUUUAAAGCUAUAUCCCCUGAGAGUCAUUUUGGAUAUCUUCCCCCGCCCUGACUCUAUGAUCUACACUACUUGAGAAAAAUUAAAGUGUUUCUAGCUAAGUUGCCCCCUUCUGGAGCAAUCUAAUGUUUCUUGUAAUAUUGAUGAUUCUACUAAUUAUCCUGCUGUUCUUUAAUUAAUGCUUAAUGAAUAAUAUGGCAUUUUAAAAUCACUUUUGCAACAAGGGAAGUUAAAUUUUGAGACUUUUUUCUCCAAAGGAGACUGCAAUAAAAUUACCAAUUCACAACAAUAAAAAUAUUUUGUAAGGUUAACUAUGUAUUUUCCACUAUUUAUGUAAACAUAAUAAAUUAAUUUCACUGAC